AUUGCAUUAGAAUGAUUUCAAAAGAAUAUUAAUAAACUCAAUAGAAACUAUGCUUUUGAAAGUUAUUUUAAUUUAUGUAAUUAUUAUUAUGUUAAUUUAUCGAGAAGGAAAUACUUUGGAUUACUUAUCAAAGGAAUGUGGUAGUAAAUCAGAAUGGGGCCCAUGGCGUUGUCCUGGUAUAGGAACAAAAUGUACUGCCAACAUUGCAACACGUUAUAAAUGCAUCGGUGGGAAUUGUACAAAUGAUAGUCUAUGUGCUAAACUUGAAAACCAUACUCAAUCGGAUUCUUGUGUAAAAGUUCUUGAACGUGGUGAAUGUGAACCUUGGUGGACCAAUUGGUCAUCGUGGUCUAAAUGCACAACAGCUUGUGGAUUUACUGAAAAACAUCGUUCCCGCUUCUGUACAGGAGCUUUAAAUUAUAAUAAUUACGAAUCUAAGGUAAAAGAUUCAAUUUUAAAAUCUUGUGCAUCUAUCGAAAGAAUACACGAAAGAGUUGAAAAAGCUUCUUGUCCAGUAAGUCGCUUAUGUUCAGCUAUUAAUGGUGGUUGGGGUCGAUGGAGUGAAUUCACUGAAUGUUCCGUAACAUGUGGCAUAGGAAAACGUGUUCGACGUCGUCACUGUAAUCAUCCUAGACCACAAGAAGGUGGAUUAUACUGCCUAGGAACUAACUAUCAAGAAGUAUUCUGUGAAGGUUAUUUACCGUGUCCACGAACAGGACAGUGGUGCUCUUGGUCACCAAUCAUUCAACACUGCACGCGUAAUUGUGGACCACGUGGGAUGGGAUUAAGAUUGCGCCAGUGUGCUUGCCCGAAACCAUCGCAAGAUGGUACUGACUGUGAAAUACCACCAGAGACAGCAGGAAUGAUAGGUAAUCUAUUAGUUAAUAACAGUACUGACGCUCCAACGGGAUCUGCACUUGAAGCAAUACUUAAAGGUGAAGGAUUAUGGGAACCAUGCAACCGUCAUCAUUGUCCAUAUUUAAAAACAUUAAACGCUGAAGAAGACUUAUUAGUAUUGGAGGAUUUAAAUAUGCAAAGAGCAGAAGAUACCUGGAUAUCAUCAGGUGGUUUGCCACAGAGAAUUCAUGGUCCAUUAAAACUUUUCUGUCCAUCAUCACGUAAUUCUCGUAAGAAAAUAUUCGACAAAUCUGAACGUUUCCCAAAAUCCAAGUUUUACUGGACUCGUUCAAUUCCUACUUCUUCAAAAGAACCCUAUGACAUUCCGGGAGUACCAAUAGUGAAUUCAAAUUUAUUUAUUGUUGAAAAUGAUCAUUUGACUAUUCGUAGUUUAGAGCCAUCGACUAUGGGAAUUUAUCGAUUUGGUUACGAGUAUGAUCCUGGCUAUUUUGAAACAAUUUGCUUCUUUCCUGUCUAUAUUCAUCAAUGGCAACAAGUAUUAUCUCAUGGAGUGACAUUUGACUUAGUUUGUAAUUCGUUGGGAUUAUGGCCUAUUAUAAGUAAGUCUGCCAAAACAAAAUGGUUCGUUUACUGGAACGUAACUUUAUUGGAAAAAGAAGAGCAGAAUGAUACAAAAAAGCAUAAAUUAUGGUGGUACACAGAAUUGAAAAAUUCUCAUAUCAACAAACAUGAGGGAAAUAAUUCAUUUGACAAUCAAACUGACAAUCCAUCAAUUUUCGGAACACAAUUCACAUUAUGGGAUACAGAAUAUAAGAGACUGCAUGAUACUGUGAAAAAAAUGACUGGAUAUUAUGAAUGUCAUAUAUUUAAUCAAAUUAAUUCUACAUUUAAUCGGACGUUUAUUACGCAAUCAAUUCAUCUUAUAAUAAAAUCACCUUCAAAUAUAUGGACUCUAUAAGAUUAAUAUCAUUAUUCUACUUUAAAAAAAAAGAUAUUAAAACUCAAAUGACAUUAUACAAUAUAGACAGAGAAAAAUCACAUUUAAAUACUGUUUAUUGUUGUUUUCUAUAAGGUGAAAGACUGGUGUUUACAGCAUCAAAUAAAUUUAAUAAUAUUAUUUUUGAUAAGUAUGGUAACAAGUUUUUCAUAUGCAACUUAUAUAUGGAUAAUAGCUAAGAAAUUAUCGAAACUAGAAAUUCAAAUGAAUGAAACAAGUAAGCAUAGACAAAGUAACAAUUUCGAUGAAAUUCACGUUAUCAACUAGUUUCGUCUAUUUGAUAAUAAACAUCCUUUAAUUCGAUCGACAUGAAUUCAGUUUGACUGAGUUGGUAUGAAAGUAACAUUUCAAGAGCAAUUAUACUAGAUAAAUAACACAACAACAGGAGUGUUAAAUAAACAGUUAUCAUGAGACAUAAUGCUAAAGUGCAGAAAUUCGUUAAUACAUUAUUUGCUUGCACAGAAAGUGUAAUUUUCUUUACAAAAAUAAGCUUAAAAAUGAAAAUUAUUCGGUUAUGUAACAUUUCUUCUUAUUUUACUCAAUAUCUACUGAGUUGAACGAUAAAAUUACUAACAUUUUAAAUUCUUGUUAACAUUAUUAUUAUCCUUGUCCCCUCUUCACCCCCCCCCAUUUUCAGUCUAAUUGACCUUUUAUUUUUAUAUAUAAAUGUUCUUAACA